UGUUCUGCUUCCUUAUGUCCAAAAGUUACAAGAGAUGAAGCUCGUCGUCCCCUUGUGUUCCUACAUUCUUCUCAGUGGCAUCUAUGCUCCAAAAGCCCUGUCAGAUAGCCCUUCUCUGCAGGAUGUAUGCCCCAUGGCACCUCAGGGUGAGAGGAAGGUGUUCAUGAAUGGUUUCCUCUGCAAGCAUCCCAGCACCAUCUUGGCCUCCGACUUCAAGACCCUGCUGCUGAACCAUGCUGGAGACCUGAACAACAUGUUCCAGUCGUCGGUGAACAUGGUCACCGCCACUGAGUUCCCUGGGCUAAACACCCAGGGCCUGGCCAUGGCGCGCACCGACAUCGCCCCCAGUGGGGUGGUGCUCCCCCACUCUCACCCACGGGCGUCGGAGAUGAUGUUUGUCCAUGGUGGCAGCGUGGCGGUCGGCUUCUUUGACACCAAGGGUAGGCUAUUCCAGAAGACCCUGGGGGAGGGGGAGGUGUUCAUCUUCCCCCGUGGUCUGGUUCACUACAUCAUCAACUAUGGUUUUGGUCCUUCGACAACAUUUUCAGUGCUCAACAGCCAGAAUCCUGGUGUUGUUGGCAUCACCCAUGCGAUGUUCGCGACAGAUUCAGAUGUGCUUGAGGGGCUGAUGGCAAGAAUGUUGAAGUUUGGAGAGAUGGGACUGAGUGACAACAGUACUGCUGGUUUGCCAUGGACAUUCUAAUAAUGUGUUAACUCAACUUAGUGAGACAAUUUGAAUGAAAAUUGAUCGAUAGAAGAUUUGGAGAUCAUUCAUAUUAAUGGAUUCUGCUUUGUGAUGUAGCUGCUUAAUUUAUGUAACAGUUCUGGGCUCCUGGCAUUUAAUAUGAACUAUCAGGGCACCACACAAAUUAAGAACAGAGACUUCUCUGCCUUAUCUCUGCAGGAUCAUGAUUCUGCAGCCUCUGACAUCUCUUCCUUUUUUCUCUGAACUUGAUAUCUCUUCUUUUUA